GUGGCAUGAACUUGGUGAGGAAUGUAGAUGUCUUUCGGAGGUUGGGGUAUGUCGGCAACGGACUGGACGGGCAUCAGCGGAAUGUUCUGCGAUGGUACUGAUGCAGUGGCUCCGUUUGGGGUGUAGCCGCUACCGUUUGCUGGAGUGUACGUUGAAAGCGGAUACGUAUGUCCCAGAUCUUGUCGAAACGAGUCCGAGGCGUGAUAUUGGGAAUAUGGCUGUGGUGGGUUGACGAACUGGUUGGUGAGCUGGUUGGGAGGGUGGUUGGCGGACUCGUCGAGGAUCUGCGCAAACUUGGCCCGUCGAGAGCGAUAGAUGAGUACACCAACAGUGACAAUCACAGCCAAGGCUCCGACGGUGCCUCCUGCGAUGGCGGUGAUCGGUAAGUCAGAGUCGAUAUCGCCGGACGGUGAGGGAGACGACGACGACGAUGGGCCUGAACCGGAUGUGGAAGCAGA